UAAGACACGACUGUCUCGCGGCCAUCCUUUCGCCAGGUCGGCAACGACAAGGCAACCCGUGAGCGAGGUGCCAAGCCAUCAAAGAUGGCACGAGUAGGGAUUCCACGGCCUGGCUUUUGGGAUCUCGCGACACUUUCGCUUCUUGUUCUCUGCCUCCUCUCCGUUCUGUAUACCACCACUUCAGAACACCAGCGCGGCACCUUCCGCCAGCAUCCACGGCGAUGGCCUUUUCCUCGGGAGCAGCGACGUGAUGCUACCAUCCACGUCGUCCCCGUUGCUAACCAGGGCCCAGCUCACCACAACCCAGCCAGGGCACCACCCCGAUCCCUCCCAUCCCCGACCCUUGGCCCGUCCUCGCCUGUCGAGCUGAGCGACCUGUCGAGCCGGUCAUCGUUUCUGGCCGCGAGACACGCCCACCACAAUAUCAGCUUGGCAAAGCGUGACGGCCCCCUGCGUUGUAACGACGGCCCCUGUAUCGAUGGCAGCUGCUGCAGCAAGGACCAUAUUUGCGGCUUCGGCCCAGACUUCUGCGGCGCCGGUUGUCUGUCUCAGUGUAACGCCAAGGCCAUGUGCGGCGAGCACAGCGAGAACGGGGAAAUACCGUGCGGCUUGAAGCUGUGUUGCUCGGCCAUGGGCUGGUGCGGUAUUACGACCGAGUUCUGCCACAAUGCCGAUCCUCUCCGCGGCACGCUGCCCUGCCAGGCCGGGUACGGCUCGUGCUACAUCUCUGGCACGCCUUCGUGUCCGUACGGUGGCGGUAGCACCAAUGGGCGCAUGGUGGGCUAUUACCAGUCGUGGAAUGUGCGCAACCGGGUCUGCAACAAGGUCGCGCCACGCGACCUCAACACAACGGGCUACACCCACCUCUUCUACUCGUUCGCGUCCAUCGAUCCGGCCACUUACCGGAUUGCCCCGGCCCAUGCCGACGACCAGGCCAUGAUGCGCGAGUUCACGAGCCUGGCCAAGGACGGCCUGCAGACCUGGAUUGCCAUCGGCGGCUUCGACUUCAGCGACCCGGGCACGCCCACGCACACCACGUGGAGCGAUAUCUGCGCCACCAAGGCCCGCCGCGCCGCGUUUAUCAACUCGGUCAGGGAGUACAUGGACGAGUACGGCUUCCAGGGCGUCGACCUGGACUGGGAGUACCCGGGAGACCCCAGCCGGGGCGGCAACGGUCUCGACGACACCAAGAACCUCGUCUUGCUUGUGAAGGAGAUGCGUGCGGCCUAUGGCAACACCUACGGUAUCAGUCUGACUCUGGCCCCUGACUAUUGGUAUCUGCGCUGGUUCGACCCCAAGGGGAUGGAGCCCUACGUCGACUUCUUUGGCUUCAUGGCCUACGAUCUCCACGGCUCGUGGGACUCGGACGUCCUGACUCUGGGCAAGAAGGUGCGCGGCCAGGCUGACAUUCGCGAGAUCGCAGAUAACACCGUGCCUUUAUGGUUCGAUGGUCUCGACCCUGCCAAGAUCAACUUCGGGCUCGCCAUGUACGGCCGCGGGUACACCCUGGCCGACCCGAGCUGCAAUCAGUUGCUGUGUCCGUUUUCCGGCGCCAGCGACCCGGCUCCAUGCACCAACUCGAACGGGGUCAUGUCGCUGCUCGAAAUACAGCAGCUGAUCAAGCGCAGAGGUCUCACACCGCAGUACCUCGCCGAUUCCAUGAUGAAGCAAAUCACCUGGGACGACCAAUGGAUCGGUUAUGACGACGAGGAAACCUUUGCCGCCAAGAAAGCCUGGGCUGACUCCCGAUGCUUCGGAGGCACCAUGGUCUGGAGCAUCGACUUCCAGGUAACGGGGUCGGGCAACUUUGACGACGAGGCAUACGGAGACGUUGUCUACGUCGGUUCCGAGGUGUUCCAGAUCCCCACUGUGCAGUGCCCAGCACCGUGCGUCAUGGUCUUCCCCCCGAGCAGUCUGAGCGAGCCCAAGGUCAUCACCAUCCCACCUUACACGGCCACACUCGAGGUAGGCACCACGACGACGACCGUUGUCGUGGUUCCCACCAAGGUGACAACCAUCAUCACCGUCAUCGACUUCUUCAACCAAUACAUCACCAGCGAGCAGCAGCCGGGCGCAGUCUUGACUCUUCGACCGAGCUUCCAGCCCCCGCCGGCCACGGUACUCGUGACAGGAGAAGAGGGUCGGACCACGAUCCGGACUGUCUUGCUCCCUCCUCUAGGUGGCGGAGUAGUAUCCGGACCUGCACAGAACCAAACGGAAGGAGUCCAGACCACUUUGAUACCGCCACCGGCCACAGACUGGCCGUGGGUACUCCUACCCGGUGAGCCGUCCAAGACAGCCACCUACUUGAGCGGCACGCCGUCGCCCACGUGCACAACGAAUUGUGGCACGUACUGCACCGACUUCUGGUGCCGGCCCGACCAGACAGACCAGCCGCCGCUUUUCACCGAGGCGACGCCGCUGCCUCCCAACACCACCUUUCGCCCUCCCGCAGCCUCCUCGAUCGUGCAACCACCGCCCUUGUCCGCAUCCGGCGUGCAACCACCGCCAAUCUCGAACACGGUCCCAGACCUGGGAGCCAGUGCCACCAGCCCUCCUCCCGACCUCCCCGACCACCCCGGCCAAUCGACGGUUUACAGUGGUGAUCUCACAUACUUCCAGCUGGGCGUGGGCGCCUGCGGCUUCGACGAUAGCGGCAAGGACCUGACGGACAACAUUGUCGCCGUCUCGGCGGCGCUAAUGGGCGCCCAGUCCAACGGCAACCCAAUUUGCAACAAGAGCAUCACCAUCAAGGCCAACGGCAACACCAUCCACGCUAUAGUCCGCGAUAGGUGUAUGAGCUGCGCCGUUGGUGACAUUGACGGCUCUGAAAAGAUAUUCAAUGAACUCUUUGGGUCUCUCACCAACGGCCGCCAGACGAUCGAGUGGUGGUUUAACAACUAACAGGUAGAGACACCCGGUUUCAAGAACGGAGUUGCAGUCGGUUUCGGAAAAUAACCGGAGUCGGGUACUUGGACGAUCCCUCCAACCCCCGGCGUUAUAAUGUCAUGCUAGUUUCUCUUCUUGUUAUUGCCGUC